GAUUUCCCAACCUCUCCUUCAUCCGCUGGUGAUCUGGUCGCUCCUGAACUGACAAAUUCCAGUAUCUUGUUUAGAUGCCGCCACUCCAGCCUCUCUCCCCGGCUGAAACGCCAGUUCAUCAUGAACUUUCACUUACUCGCAGAUUAAUUUUACUGUUUAUGUUCUGUCUCGCCCAAUUCUUAGAUGCCUUCAGUAACUCAGCUCUCUUCUCCGCAAUCCCCGUACUCGAAGUAUCCAUGGGUAUGACUGAAAGUCAAUCCACUUGGAUCAUGAGCGCAUUCCAGUUGACCUUUGCAUCUUUUCUGCUCAUUAGUGGCCGCAUUAGCGACGUCUACAACCCAAAAACUGGCUUCGUUUGGGGUGUAUUUGGUCUUGGUGUCAUCUCGCUGUGCGCUGGAUUUGUUGUUGAUACCAUUCCGCUCAUCAUUCUCAGAGCGUUGACUGGGAUAGUUUCUGCGAUGACAAUCCCCUCUGCACUGGCACUCUUGGUCAAAGUAUUUCCCGAACCGCUUGAACAAGCUCGCGCAAUAGGAACAUUUGGAGGCUGCGCCAGCGUCGCUAGCUCCCUCGGUUUCCUGAUUGCUGCAAUGUUUGUCCAAUGGGCAUCUUACCAUUGGGUGUUCUGGUUCGUCGCCAUCGUGGCUGUGCCAGCGGCUCUGGCGUGUGCCUUCAUCAUACCGCCAGAAAUUGCAAACACCAAAUACAAUCUUGAGCCGGAAGCAGCGAAAUGGAAAAGUCUGGACUUACUCGGCGUGACCAUCCUGACUGUUGCCUUGAUUUUGUUCAUCUUCGCUGUGACAUCCGGCUCCACUGAUGGCUGGGCAUCUGCAGCGGUGCUUGUCCCGCUCAUCAUAUCAAUCAUGAUGAUGAUCGGGUUUUUCUGCUGGGAAACACGCAUACAUGUGGAUAAAGCUGCAAUACCACCCCGGACAUGGUUUUACCCCAAUUUCUCGAUUCUUUUUGCCGUGGCGCUCUUGCCAUUCUUUUGGUUGUUUACAGUGUUCCUGAUCUUUACCACCCUGUGGCAAAACGUAUUUGAGUGGUCAGCAAUAUCAUCGGCUGUGCACAUGCUCCCGAUCGGUGUCGCAGCUCUCAUUAUGAGUUUCACCGGAUCGCUCUCUCGGAUCUUCAGUCCGAAAUGGAUUAUUCUGACAGGCUUGUCUUUUUGCAUGGUCGCGACCGUAUUGAUGGCGCUUGGCGGGGGAAAACCUGAGGACUAUUGGCCAUACGUAUUCCCAGCUUUUUCUCUAGGGAGCGCAGGGAUCAUGCUGACGUAUUCACACACAAACAUCGCCAUAUUUCAAGCCGCACCUUCGUCCAUGGCAGGCACAGUUGGUGCCAUCUUUAACGGCGCUCUUCAAUUUGGAUCAUCAAUUGGUCUCGCUGCUGUCAGCUCAAUAGAGUCAUCCGUGGAGGCCAACCAUGGGGGCUCGCAUGAGUAUAAAGGACGAGCCGCAGUAUUUUGGUUCCUCUUGGCAGUUCUCUCUAUUCUGUUCAUUUCAGUAUCAAUAUUCUAUCACCGCAGUACAGACCACACACCCCAACCAGAACAUGGCGACCUCGGACAUCCUGCUCGACGGAGCACGGACUCUGACAAAAAGCUCGACGACGUGAACGUGACCAUCAUCGAAAAAGCCGACCUAGCGAAUCUGCCGGUGUAGGUUCUUUUUUAUGACUGUUCCUUUAGACGGCCAAUUUAGUUGAUGACAUAUAUCUUUUUACUAUUUUCCCGUUAACGACGAUAUCGUGAUGACUUGUAGGGCAGAUGUUUUUUAUUCAUUUCAUUAUUAGAGGUAGGGUAGACUUCAUGCUGUAUUUUUUGUUAGGCCCGCUACC